AGGAUAACGUUCACCAGCAGCUCCCGUCCUCUCGCGGGUUCCCCUAUGAGGCAGGAAAUCAUCGCCCUUCCCGUUGGUUCGUCCCUCCGAGUCACUGGUCAUGGGGCAAGCAUUGCCGACGCGUCGUCCAGGCUCAUACCUGCCGGUGCCCACUCAUUCAUUACCGCCCGUGUAUUGGAUGCAGGUCAUGCUUACGAAACAGCGAAGACGAAGUGGUUGAAGAAGGCAACAGACGGGAAGAAAAAUACUUGGCAGACUAUGAAGAGAGCGCUGAACGGAAUCAAGACGAGGAUAUCGUCGAAGUCCUUGCCGUUGCACAUUUCAGAUCGCAUUCCUCUCGAAGUGUUUGAAGUCAUCAUUGACUAUAUGCCCAUAUCUACCUUGCUGAAUGCCGUGUUGGUCUGUCACGCCUGGCAUUCCCGAGCCAGUCGCCACCUCUAUUCAACAGUCGUGAUCAAGUCGCGCACGCAGUACGACCUGCUGGUCGAGCAGUCCCGCACGUCGCCUCGCGUCAAGCAAUGGCUUGCGACCACCCGCGACCUCGUGGUACUUUGUUCCUACAACUCAAAACGAGAAGGGAUCUCCUUUCUCAAUUCCCUGCCUCUCGUCUUCGCCCACACAUUACCUGCUCUCCGAGUACUCGACAUCCGUCGCAUGCUGUGUUACAACAUGCACCCGACGUUCUAUCAUGCCCUCCGUCACUUCACCCACAUCAUGUCGCUGCGCUUAGACGAUGCUGUGCUGGGGAACGUUGCGCAGCUGCGGCGGAUCGUCUGUGCGUUUCCGCACCUCGAAGACCUUGCCUUAGACCGAGUGACUUUCAGACAGCCACAUUACGCCGUGGCCUCGCCACCCCGCCAUCGGCUAGACACUUCAUUCCCACCUGAAUCCAACAUAGUACGACUCAAAGCCCUUACAAUUUCUGCUCAUCCAAAUGCCGGUCCAGAAUCCUUCAUAAGCCAAGCCGGCUGGCUCGUGUCCUCUGUAUCGUGUGUGUCCCUCCGCGAUUUGGCUGUAUGCGUCUUGUGUAAGGACGAUCUCAAUCUUGAACUCGCUUGUGAGCAAGUCAAUCGACUCCUCGAGGCAAGCGGGCCGUCUUUGAUAUCCUUUCAUCGGAUAUAUGACUUUUGGCAUGGUCAGAGCUCACUCGAACUCACGCGGGCAAUCACUAACACAAAGACAAUCCACAGGUUAUCCCCUGGGCAGAUUCAGCCUUGUCCACAACACGUCCCUGCAAAACCUGAAACUCGACUUGAAUAUCCACGUCGACAGGCCAGACGGUAACUGGCGAGCGGUGGCGGCCGAGCUGGGUGCUACCCUCUCCACGAUCCGGAGUUCCCAGGUCGAGCACAUCAGUGUCAAUACCACGAUCUACUUUGCGCUCGGCCGCUUGCCAACAGACGGGGAGGCUGUAUCCUAUCAAACGGGGAGCUCGAGGCC